UCACAAAGAUAAGCAUUUCUCUAGAUUUAAAUACAAAAUUAGAUUUUAAAUAACGAAAAAGUAACACAGCAACUCCCCUAACACACGUUCUCUUUAGUUUUGCAGUGGAGCGUAGAGGAUAGAUUUACACGUCUACAUCGGGGACUCUCAUCAUGUGUUAUUUGGAUAUCACAUUAGCAUAAGGGGAAUUCCUUUAUAUCAUAAACAAGUUUGAAAAAGAAAAUAGAACAUUUUUGAAAUCAUGAAAACAUUACAAUUUUUUAAUACAGUACUUGUUUUCAGUAUCUUAACAAGUAAAACAGCUGAUGCUGUUUUACCGGUGUUGCCGAUCCUAGGGACAGCAAUGGAUGUAAUAUCGUUUGGAUUAGAUGUUCACUCCUUUUUUGACUCUAUCUUAGGAGAUGAUGAAACAAAGAGUACCCCGGCACCUGUAGAUUAUGACAGGAUAAUUAACAGAAUUUCUGAGAGAAUAGAAAUGUCAACAGAAACCAUUGUUUUUAAAAUUGAGCUGCAGUCGUAUAUCUCGGAAUUACGUAACGUUGCUCUUACUGUCAAACAACUUCUUGCAGAGAUGGAGGACAUUAUCAAAGCUAAAAGUAAAGACACAAGAGAAGAGUUUCAGAGACGAUUUCGCGAUAAUUUUGCGAGGCAUAAAACUGAAAUGUAUAAAGUUAAAACCCUGUUAACGUUCAGCGUCGACGUAUCGGGAAUAUCAAGUACAUUGCUGUCACUCAUUGCCAACGAAUUUAAAUGCGGGAUAACUAGCCUAGAGGAGUUUCAAAAUUACUAUAUGACACUGGUUUCGGAUGUAGUAGCAUUGGCUUAUUAAAUGAAAGACUCUCAGAGAAAAGUCUUUAUAAUCAAACUCUUUCUUCUUGGCAAACGGCAAUAGAAUCUCUUUUUGAUGACAUGAAAGUACAGAAAAACGAAUGUAAAGGAAAAUUCUUUGAAUUAGUAACGGAAGACUUCAGUCUCAUCAAUGACCCCUCGAAACUUUUUGAAAAUAACCAAAAUAGAUACCCGUACCGUGAAACAGACGUUCUAUAUCUCAGCGAAAGUUAUUGUGUGUGGAGUCUAAAGGCUUAUGAUAAAAUAUUAAAGAAGGUGAAAGACAAUACUAUGACUUUUGUUUUAAUAAGUGGUGAGGAGAAUGCGCAAUCUAUAACAUCAGAGCAGUUUCAGAAAAUUGUAUCAGAGGCAAAAUUUGGGAACUGUAUUGACGAUAUCGGCAACAUCGUAUCUUUCUUUGAUGUUUUAGGCAAAGAUCUAGUCUUUUGGCUAAUGUAUCCGCAAGAACAGGCCGCCGGUUUCCAGAUUUUUCUCGAUCAAAAUUCAACUGCGAGUACAAUAACCACUGAAUCAGACGGCACCAAAUACACGACAAUUGUUUACCUACGUGCGCAGGAACACGGUACCAAUUCGACCCUCACUGCUACUGAUUUUGAUGUAAAAUUUCAUGAAGAGGCUGUGUCAGUUGAUGAAUCGUCUGGUCUAAAGGCAUGGCAGCUAGGCGUUAUAAUCGGAGGUUCAGUUCUUGUGGUCAUAAUUUUAAUUGUAAUUCUUUGCAAAUGCUGUUGUCGUCGUCGAUAUUAACUUUAUGGCUUAAAAUUGUCAUAUUUGAGACGUUAUUAACAAUUUAUGAAAUGUUUUAUUAAACAGGUUAUGAACCCAGCUCCGAUGUUUAGCUCCUAUCGUGGCGGUGAUAGAAAAUAGCAAUGUUUUGGAUACCUGACUUUGGUGCAAAUUUGCUUGUUCAUAUCAUGCUUAAAUAACAAAAAAGUGGAAUGCGAAUAAAUAGAGACACAUUUAUUCCUCGCAGUUUGCAUUCUAGCUCCUUUCAUCGUAAUUGGAAUGUACAUUACUUUUUAAUGGUCCCUUUUUAUUUUAUAGCCGUCAUUCUAUCACAUAUCUAAUAUGCUUUUGAUGUAUAACUGACAGUGUGUUAUCAUUAUAAUUCCAUGCAUAUAAAGAAUUAUAUGAGAUAUAUAUUUCACCGAGUGGUUUGAAAAUACAAUACUUUCACGUAGCGUGAUGUAAGAUAUAGAAUUUUUUUUUGUUUCAGUGUGAUAAAGAAAUUUUUAUAUACCUAUAUAAAAUCUGUAAAAAAAAUCGACUUGUAUUUCGCAAUUGAAUAUAGACAGGCAGACAAAAAUUAGUAUUGUACCUUUUAAAUUCCACUUUGUAUCUUUUGUAUUGUAUGCUGCCGGACUACUUUCAUUUAUAUGCAUGUCCCUGGCACAGUUCUAUAAAUAGCGCACACAAAACUUUCACUUAGUUCCAUUUCAAUAUCGAUAAACAUGGAAAAUUCAAUAACAAAACAAUAAAGGUAGAGGUAUAUAAUAAAAGGGUCAUUAUAACAGUAGGUAGAUCCGGGACUUUGUAUUCGGCUCUCAUGGAUUUUGCUAGUCGGAUAACACGGCGCUUACGUACCGAAUACAGCAUCCCAGAUCGAGCUACCAUUAUAAUAACCCUUUUCAACGAAGAAGCUGUUGUAAUUGGAAUGCACAUUACUUUUAAUGAUCCCUUUUUAUUUUGUAUUCAGUAAUUGUCAUUUUAUCACAUACUGAAGGAUUUAUGUUUGUUUCAGUAGUAAGAAGAUACAAUAUUUUCACGAGUGGCGUUAUGUAAGUAAUAGAAAAAAUUUAUUUGUUUCAGUGUGAUAAAGAAAUGUAUCGUCACCGAUAAAGGAGACGAUUCAAUAUUAUCACGAGGGCGAAGUCCCUGUUUUCUCGCGGUAACACAAUUUCUUAACUUUUGUGUAUGCUGUGAUGUGAUGAAGGAAUAUAUUUUCUAUUUUUACAAGAUGCAUUCAAUGUACCAACACUUGUUGACUUGUGAGUAUGUCAUGUUAUCUUUUUAAGAUAUAAUAAUUUGAUAUUUAUCUAAGCCUGGAUUGUAUAUAAAUAUAAAGAUAUCAUUGUGUGUACAUACCUUUUACUUAUGUCAUCUGUCGCAGGGUCGGUUCUCUUACUUCAUUAUUUUACGUACUUCCGGUAUUGUUGUGUCCUGAGUUGUCCUCCAUAGUUUACUUCUGUUUUAUAUGUCUUUGUCUUGUUUUUCAAAUAAAGAUACAUAGUCCCAUUUACUCGUGAUACGCACCAUUAAAUACUACAUCCAUGCACUCAACACUGUUUUUUGAAACUCGUAUACAAAACAUCCAUCCAUCACUUACCAGUUGCUAGCUCAUUAAAUAGUUCGAUAAUAAUAAAUAUUGUAUUCAUUUAUAUAGCCAGACAUCACAUACACGCAUAUAUACGUUUUCCAGUGGUUUCACACCAUUUUGUGUUCGAGUCAUUUAUUUGACUUCUACCUUUACAGGUUCUAUAAGCCCACAACCAUUAUAGCCUCAAACACCAUUGAACCCACGUACGAGCGAAAACAUAUCAGUUUUUUGGAGUGCAAAAUGUAUAUUUUAGUGUGAAAUGAAUCUACUAUGUAUUAUAUUUUGCAUACUGUAGUUGGCAUGGGACUAUACACAUUUGGAAUGCGUUUAAAUAAAUUAUAUCAUAUUGCC